AUGCCGCUCUCAGCACCGCUCAACAUCAAGACUGAAAUGGGCUGGGGCGAUGCUGAGGAGGAGUGGCGCGGUGAGGUGAUCCAGCUGUCAUGGCGGCCGCGCGCCUUCCUUUUGAAAAAGUUCCUGACAGAUGAGGAGUGCGAGCACAUCAAAGCCAAGGCCAGCGACAAGCUGGAGAAGAGCGGCGUCGUGGACAAUGAGACGGGGGAGGAGAAGGACUCGGAGGUCCGCACGUCAUCCGGAACCUUCUUUGACGUCGGAGCGGACGAGCAGCGACGGCGGCAGCAAGCGCCGUUUCUCAGGAAGGCCCCGACUGCAGGGGGGCUGCUGGCCGACAAUCGGCCGACCGAGCUUCCUGCGUAG